AGCAGAUCACAGUACAUGUCCCCGCCUGGGUCCUGACCCAGACAGUUCGGAACCCACCGCGGAUGAGUGUGUCUUGCGAUACCCAAAUCCAUGGCGAGCUCACCGAUAUCCCCUCCGCCGGCGGAGCUAGAGAUCUCGCGGCAGUCACGUAUUCUCGCGGCGUUGUCCAAGAAGCUGAUAGAUCUCGACGAGCUGAGGAUGCUUGCGGCUCAGGGCGUCCCCGACGGCGCCGGCGUUCGGUCGACUGUGUGGAAGCUGCUAUUGGGCUAUUUGCCCAAUGAUCGUGCACUGUGGGAGCAGGAGUUGACAAAAAAGAGAUCAGAAUAUGCAGCCUUCAAAGAAGAGUUCCUUAGCAACACUGUAGGUAGAAGUUGUGCUACAAGAGGAUUAGAAGGGCACGGUGAAGAAAAUGAAGAGCUUGUUGACAACGGGUUACUUCGAAGGUCUGAGAUAACCCAAGAGGAGCAUCCUUUGAGCUUUGGCAAAACCAGUGAAUGGAAUCAGUUCGCUGAGUAUUCCGAGAUGAUGGAACAGGUUGACCGUGAUGUGAAACGCACUCAUCCUGACAUGCAUUUCUUCUGUGGGGACUCAUCUUUUGCGAAGUCUAAUCAGGAAUCUCUGAAAAACGUAUUAAUUAUCUUUGCCAAGCUGAAUGCUGGAAUAAGAUAUGUGCAAGGGAUGAACGAAAUUUUGGCACCGCUCUUCUUUGUUUUUCGGAAUGAUCCGGAUUCUAAAAAUGCUAACUUUGCGGAAGCUGAUUCUUUCUUUUGCUUCGUGGAGCUACUUAGUGGAUUUAGGGACAAUUUCUGCCAGAAGCUAGACAACAGUGCUGUUGGCAUCCGAGGGACGCUCUGCAAAUUAUCGCAACUCCUAGCAAAGUACGACAGAGAGCUUCAGCAUCAUUUGGAAGUAACUACAGAAGUGAAUCCCCAGUUCUACGCAUUCAGGUGGAUAACGCUGCUACUAACCCAGGAGUUCAACUUCGCCGAUACUAUUCACAUAUGGGACACACUAUUAAGUGACCCCGAUGGUCGUCAGGAAACCCUGCUGAGGAUAUGCUGCGCAAUGCUGAUCCUUAUCCGAAAACGCCUCUUGGCUGGCGAUUUCACCGCGAAUCUCAAGCUUCUGCAGAGCUACCCACCGACGAACAUCGGCCACCUCCUCUAUGUCGCGAACAAGUUGCAAUGAACAUACAUGUUCACUUGAAAACCGUGACUGCAACAUCGACACAUUUGUAUUACCAUCGUUGCAGAACAAUGCUGUUGUUACAGUGUUUAAUCAUAGUAGUGCUGUAGUAUCUAAGUUCAUUAAUAUGACACCCCCAUCCCCUCGUGGUGUGAGUUACA